GAAUUAGAACAUCCGCGUUGAUACGGAUAGGGGACUUUCGGGACUGUCACCCUUAAUUUUCACAACGUAUAAAUAAAUAGAUUGAAUGUUUCAUAGGCAGCCAGUGGGAACACUUUGAGCGUCAGAAUGUCUGGACAAAACAGCGACCAGUUACAUCGCUCUACUUUGGGCAUAUAUGCGAGCCUGAUGGAUCAGUUCAACCCAAGUCUACAGAAGUUAGUGUCUUUGGGAAACAGCUACAUGCAGGCUUUCCAAGCCCUUGCGGUAACCAGUGAGGCUUACUUCAGCACCCUUGCUAAGAUAGGGGAGCAGGCCUUCCACACCAUAUCGUCUCGCUCUAUUGGAGAUGUUCUGAUUCAGAUUUCAGAGAACCAGAAGCGUCUCACCACUGAACUGGAAGGAAUAUUCCGCUGGUUCCACACUGAGGUGCUACAGGAGAUGAACAACAAUGUCAGACUGGAUAAGGACUACAUAGCAGGCAGCAGGAGGCGAUAUGAGAUGGAGGUACAGAGCCAGGCCAUAUCUUUGGAGAGGCAGCUGAGGAGAGGGGCUCACCAGGAUGAGUACAUUCACUUCCUGAGGGAGAGUCAGCACGAGGCUCUGAUGGAGGAAGAAAGGCGAUACCGUUUCCUGGCUGAGAAACACUGUGGUCUCACUCAGUCCAUCAUCUACCUCAUGAACAAGACAGGGGCAGGGGGAGGCCUACAGCAGAUAGCUGAUGGAUGGAGAGACCAGGUCAACGCCACCAGACGACCUGGAUCCCGGAACCCCUCUCACCUGGACCAGGACAACACUUCCAGAAUGAGGGAGGAGGACAGGGGGAGCCAAUGGUCAGGCAAAGAGGAGCAGCCUCUGGGAAGAGUGCCCUCCAGAGGCCCAUCACCCCAGAACAUCCGUUCCCGCUCCAGCUCAAUUGGCGAGUCCCUAGGUCUGGGUGGAGGUGGAGGAGGGAGACCUAUGAGAGCUCUGGUAUCCCACCCUGCUAACUCCAGCAACCCCACCCUGCUGCCCUUCUCCCGGGGGGAGGUGGUGAGCGUGCUGGUGCAGGAGCCCCGUAACGGCUGGCUCUACGGCCGGGCAGAGGGCAGCUCACGCCAGGGCUGGUUCCCAGCUGCCUAUGUGGGGACACUGGAGGAGGCCCCUAGAUCAACUGGCUCCAGUAGCUCCACCCUUAGGAGCGCCCACAGUAUGGACAACCUGCUGGGCCAAUCAGGAGGCAGCCGCCACGGUAGACCCCCGCCCCCGCCGCCUCCACCCAAUAGACAGACAGAGAUGCGUCCAAUCACACCCAGCAUGGAUAGAAGGGCGGAGUCUCACUCUGACAAUAAGAGAGGAGAGCAUCAUGGUGGACCUGGGCCAAACCUCUUUCCAAAGGGCACCAACCCUUUCGCCACUGUCAAGCUGAAGCCCACGUCCACCGAUGACAGAUCUGCUCCACGGCUCCGUCGGUGAAGAGGUCACGCCCUUGGGAGGUAUUGGGCGCGUACCAGUUUGACUACAUUUCAGUCAUUACAUUGCACCAACAAAUGGUUUCAUUCCGCAUUAUCAACUGUGCAGUCGACUGCUAUAUCAUAUGAUUCACUGAUAUGUUAAAUUCAUACUUAUCCAGGCGUUGUGAGAUCUGGCAGGUGUCUGAAAUGUAGUCAUGCAAAUGCAGCAGAGGUUUUAUGGUUGAUGCCCUAAAACUGCCCCAAAUCCUCCCAAACUGUUGAAAACUGUCUUAAAACUGCCCCACACUUUCUCAAAGCAGCCCCUAAUACCAACCUUGUACAGUUGGUUAUUUAAAAAAUAUGAUGGAGUUUAUCAGAUGACUACAGCGAUAAAGGAAUAUUUUCUGACUUCAUAUACAUUUGAAGUCAGAAGUUUACAUACACUUAUGUUGGAGUUAUUAAAACUUGUUUUUCAACCACUCCACAAAUUUCUUGUUAACAAACUAUAGUUUUGGCAAGUUGGUUAGGACAUCUACUUUGUGCAUGACACAAGUACUUAUUCCAACAAUUGUUUACAGACAGAUUAUUUAACUUAUCAUUUAUUAUCACAAUUCCAGUGGGUCAGAAGUUUACAUACACUAAGAAGACUGUGCCUUUAAACAGCUUGGAACAUUACAGAAAAUAAUGUCAUGGCUUUAGAAGCUUCUGAUAGGCUAAUUGACAUAAUUUGAGUCAAUUGGAGGUGUGGAUGUAUUUCAAGGCCUAGUUUCAAAAUCAGUGCCUCUUUGCUUGACAUCAUGGGAAAUCAAAAGAAAUCAGCCAAGACCUCAUAAAAAAAUUAUAGACCUCCACAUGUCUGGUUCAUCCUUGCGAGCAAUUUCCAAAUGCCUGAAGGUACCACGUUCAUCUGUACAAAGAAUAGUAAGCAAGUAUAAACACCAUGGGACCACGCAGCCGUCAUACCGCUCAGGAAGGAGAUGCAUUCUGUCUCCUAGAGAUGAACGUAAUUUGGUGGGAAAAGUGUAAAUCAAUCCCAGAACAACAGCAAAGGACCUUGUGACGAUGCUGGAGGAAACAGGUACAAAAGUAUCUAUAUCCAAAGUAAAACAAGUCCUAUAUAACCUGAAAGGCCGCGCAGCAAGGAAGAAGCCACUGCUCCAAAACUGCCAUAAAAAAGCCAGACAACGGUUUGCAUCUGCACAUGGGGACAAAGAUCAUACUUUUUGGAGAAAUGUCCGAUGAAAAAAAAUAGAGCUGUUUGGCCAUAAUGACCAUUGUUAUGUUUGGAGGAAAUAGGGGGAGGCUUACAAGAUGAAAAACACCAUCCCAACCGUGAAGCACGGGGGUGGCAGCAUUAUGUUGUAGGGGUGCUUCACUGCAGUAGGGACUGGUGCACUUCACAAAAUAGAUGGCAUCAUGAGGUAGGAAAAUUAUGUAGAUAUAUUGAAGCAACAUCGCAAGACAUCAGUCAGGAAGUUAAAGCUUGGUCGCAAAUGGGUCUUCCAAAUGGACAAUGACCUCAAGCAUACUUCCAAAUUUGUGGCAGAAUGGCUUACAGAUCAUCAAUAAGCUAAGGACCCCGGGACUGACUAAACACCUCCCUCUGCAACUGGGUCCUGGUCUUCCUGACGGGCCGGCUCCCAAGUGGUAAGAGUAGUUACGGGCAAAAAGUCAAGGUAUUGGAGUGGCCAUCACAAAGGCCUGACCUCAAUCCUAUAGAAAAUUUGUGGGCAGAACUGAAAAAGCAUGUGUGAGCAAGGAGGCCUAUAAACCUGAUUCCGUUACACCAGCUCUGUCAGGAGGAAUGGACCAAAAUUCACCCAAGUUAUUGUGGGAAACUUGUGGAAGGCUGCCCGAAACGUUUUACCCAAGUUAACCAUUUAAAGGCAAUGCUACCAAGUACUAAUUGAGUGUAUGUAAACUUCUGACCGACUGGGAAUGUGAUGAAAGAAAUGAAAGCUGAAAUCCUUCUCUCUACUAUUAUUUUGACAUUUCUCAUUCUCAUAAUAAAGUGGUGAUCCUAACUGACAGGGAAUUUUUACAAGAUUCAAUGUCAGGAAUUGUGAAAAACUGAGUUUAAGUGUAUUUGGCUAAGGUGUAUGUAAACUUCCGACUUCAACUGUACAUGUCAGGUACAGGAAAUAUCGUGGUAGAAGUAGUUGUUUUUAUCAAAGCCUUUUGCAUUGUUUUCUUCAAGUAGCACUUGUUUAGUUUUGCUUGUACAGUAACAAUAUGCCAAUUUAAACCAAUACUUCACUUUGAUGCUAAACUACAGUGAACCACAGUGAGCUAAUCUUUCUCUUAGGAAUGCCAUGCAGGUAGAUUGUUAUGACAAGUGAGUUUUAGUGCUUAACUUAACAGUGCUGUUUGGUCCAGUGCCGUUAGUAAAUGUACAAUGAGAUUUGUGUGUUUUUUUUGCUCAUGCAGGCAGUAGGGUGGCCUACUACUCUAGGGAAGGACCUGGGUUUGUCAAUUCUAAUCCACCAAUGGGGAUACUUAACCUAAAUGACCCUUAGUGUGUACUCAGCUAUGUAAAUUGCUGACAUGUGAGAGUGUUGAGCUAAUGUAAUAGCUCCAACAAAACAAUGACUUUUGACUUUACUGCUAAAAUAAAAAUGGUAGCUGCUUUUCACAUUGUUUCCAAUUCCUUUAAUCAGACAGAAAUACAUCCUCUGAUUCUGUUUUUUAGUUGCUGUUGAUAUUUUACACAUUUAUUUUCUAGUUAUUGAGGGCCAAUCGGUAGUGCUGAGCGAUUAACUGAAAUGUAUUGAACAACCAAUUAACCGACAUCGGUUCAUUUAUUUGAAUUCCAUUUAGUUCUUCUCUUUUUGUGUUUCUGUAGAGAGAAAUCCAAUAAUUCACGAGCAAAAUCAAGUCAAGAACUAUGUGGGAUGCUUGGCUGUAGUAUUUAAGCCAAUAAUUAAACCUAAUUCAGCACAGAAAUUUGGUGAUUAACUUCAAUGACCAUAAUCCAUUGCGACUGUACUUCCCGGCUUGGAUGUUAGAUUAGACACACACAGACCAAAUAGACCGCAUGAUAGGAAUGUUCAGAACACAACGAUGAGAGGGACGGAGACAAUUUGUGAAAGUAUGCCUUACCUUGUUUGAAGAGCUAGUAAAAAUGUUUGUUUUUUAACAGACUGCUCUGCAAGAUUAUUAGACAGGCUAGCCUAGCUAAAUAGGAUGACUAAAGACAGUACGGUAUAUGAAGCACAGAAAUACUGUAACGUUAGAUGGUCGGUCGGGCUGACUGCUACUACUUGAGCAGAGAUGAGAUGAUGACCUUAAGGAAUGAAAAAUGAUAAAGACAUCAGAUAAAAAUGAAGUAAUGUACACAACUGAAAUAUGUUAUCAUUAUGAUAGUAAUUUUCUACUUUUCAAUGGAUAUCUACCCAAUGUGAACCUUGACAGAGACAAUGGAAUAUUUGAAAUGUUUUGACAGUAUAAUGUUCACUAUUUUUGGUUUUUAAUUUCCAUUAAAAAGCUUUAAAAUCA